AUGGCGUCAGCAACAUCUUUGGAGAGCAAUGGGAGUAAUGAGUCAUUAUCACACAGUUACGUAAGCAAUGAGAGGCAUACAUCAACACAGAUACCAUCAAUUCCGUUGCCCAUAGACUAUGAGGUGAUAUCAUCUAACUAUGACAAGAAUUACUCAAACCAUUCCCACACUAUGAGUGCUCCAUAUGAACACCAGUAUGAUGUUAUGAAUAAGCAGGCAAAUGAGAAUUUGAAGCAGCAAUAUGAGAAGGCACUGCAUGAUUUGAAUCAGCUGCGAAGACAACAUACAGAGACCACUAGACGGUGUGAACAUGUAAUGAAGGAGUUGGAGUACUUUAGAGGUCAGCAUCGUGCAGCCAUGAACCAGUUGGAAGUAUCAGCUCAGGAGGCAAGCAGCCUUCGAGGGAAGUAUGGAGAUCUACUUAAUGAUAACCAAAGAUUGGAACGCGAAGUUCAGCAUUUGCAGCAGAGUGGAACUCCAGAGGGCAGUUCAGAUGCUUUGGUCCAUACUUUGAGGAAAUAUGAAGCAUUGAAGGAGGAACUAGAGUGUUUUCAAAAGAGGUACGAUGAUUUGAUCGAGACGCACAACGCGACUUUGGAGAAGCUUCGGAGCGUACAAGAAGAGAAUAGUCGUUUAAAGACACAAUGUCAUGAGAUAACACAAGAGAGGAAUGCAGUGAUUCGCGAACGUAACGCCCUCAAGGUACAAGUGUCGAGCGUAGUUCGGCAAUGGGAGGGAGGGGUCAGAGAACGAGCCGAUAUCAAGCGACUCACAGAUGAAAGAAACGCCGCCAUGGCAGAGUACACGCUUAUUAUGAGCGAAAGGGAUACAGUGCACAAAGAAAUGGAAAAGCUCUCUGAUGACUUGCAAGCUGCUCUCAAGCGGGUGGCUGCUUUGGAAGGGGCAUUACAGGCUUCGAGAGAUGAGCAGAGGGCAACCGCCUUACAGGCGGAGAGUUUGCGUCGUGAAAUAGAAUCAGCAUUGGUUGACCGAGAUCGCGCCAUUAAAGAGUGUACAGACCUUAAAACACCACAGAAUACAUCCACAUUGGGAAAAUCGAGGCAAGAUAAUACGGCGUACCAUCAUCUGGGCUUAUCCAGCGGAGUGGGUAAUGAUGGAUUUUUGAAUGGUCAGCACUCAAACGACCCAUCAAUGGAUAAAUUGCAAGGUCUAGUUGGUAUGGUGGUCGACGCCGCCGACAAAGAAAGAGUGGAUAAUUUGGAGCAAGCGAACCAAGAAAUUGAAAGACUACGGAAACACGCUGAUAGAUUGCAGGCCGAUCUGAAUGACGCGACACGAGAGGCCGAGGUCUCAAAACGAAGAAGAGACUGGGCCUUUUCCGAGAGAGAUAAAUUGUUGCAAGAACGCGAGAGCGUUAAGGCGCUCUGCAAUAGAUUGCGAAAGGAAAGAGAUCAAAUGGUUGGUGAGUUGGCGGAGGCCCGUCGUCAUGGCGGUUCAAAAUCUUCAGACGGGAGGGAGGCGAGGGAAGGAAAGUCGAGGGCGAAGCAUGAACAAACUUGUCGACUUGGUAAUUCUAGUGAUGGAGCACGUGAUUAUCAAGCGGAGGAUUGGAGCUUUGUGGGGGGAAGGGAGCAACCCGCUUUUCCUGGGGACCCCGCUGUUUACGUGGCGAGCGUCGUGCCGGGUUCUAUUGCUGAUGGCAAGCUACGUGUUCUAGACCGCGUGAUGGAAGCGUGCGGUGUAUCCACGUGGGCGCGUGGUGCAGCGUGUCUAUCCGCACUGCAUGUGGCUUUGCAGAGAGGACCUGUUGCUUUGCGAGUUCAGCGUGCUCGUGGACCUACCACUUCGCUUACCAUGCAUCACGGUACAUUCAUCAGCAAAGUAGCAAACGCUAGCGCAGCUAAAACUGGCAACAUUUACGUUGGAGACAGGAUCGUUGGUGUUAACAGCCGCUCUCUGGAUGGGGUGAAAAGUGCUAACGAGGCAUUGUGGUUACUACAUGAGUGCCAAUUCGAUUGUGUCUUGGUGACAAGCAUGCGUCCGCUACACGGUUGUCAUGACAUCAGACACAGAACGUCCAUGUACGAGCCCUCGUAUGGAGAUGGGAAACCCUCAGAGGAUGCGUGGUCCCCAUUUACGCCUCCACCACCGGAACCUAAGGUACACAUAGAUGCAUGUGUGGCCGAGUUCGACCGUCGCUAUGUUUAUCACGUGGCCGCUUCUAGCCAGGGAAAGAUACACCAGGAGAGAGGGACGUGGGACAUGAUUCGCGGGAAAAUUGGGGCUGUGACCGGACGAAGCAAGUCUAAAGAUAAACAGAAUAAGGUACCCGAGUCUGAUGCUAUCGCCGAGUUGGACUCCGUUAUCGACAGUUAUCACGGUAAAACAAUUAAGGAAACCAGUAGCGUAUUAAAGCGCUCUCGAAGGAAAAAUAAAGAGUCGCAAAAUGAUGCCAAAAAUGGCGGUACUUGGCCGAAAGCUCGUGCAAAUUUUAUUUUGGAGGAGAAUGCUACUGGCACCAUAGUGCAACCGCGGUCCAGGAAAGAAAGGCCACCGCUGUCUAUCUUACUUAGUCCACCUACAAAACUACCGCCUGAACCACAAAGAUCUAAUACUAACCGAAAUUCGAAUCCUAUACCCUUAGGUCAUUUGCCCCUUACGCAAGCUACAGCACCGGCGCGGCAUUCUGUGUACAAAUCUAUUGAAUCAAGCCCUGCUAUCGAACACUUUCCUAAACCAGCGCCUCUUGCUAUACACAACCCUUUCGCGUCACCCAAUAAUAUGAACUUCGAGAAGACUCGAACUCUAGAGAAAGAGAGAGAUAAAAUAUCUAUUAGCGAAUAUGAUCAUGAUGUCACACCGAACAGACUAAGCCUUGUUCUUAACCCGUCAGACGACUCUUUAGACUAUCAACCCGCUAUCCGCAAUAGAACUAAAAGCCCACAUUCACUAGACUUCAUGGUCAACAAAGGGCCCAGUUCUCUGGAUUUCAUAACACGCAAAUCACCCAACUCCCUUGAGCAUUCAAUUAAAAAUCACACUGGCAAGGACAUCCUCGAUCAGUAUUAUUCUACCAAGAAGUCUUCUUCGCCCAAAACGGUGAACAAGUACCCCUCGGACAGCGACAGUUUCGGUCCUGAUAGUUUGAACAGCAAUGCAAACUUUCCCAUGACAGGGACUCUGCCUUCACAAACGAGAUUACAAUCGCAAUAUUACCGAGGGCCGUUCACGAACUCGAACCCGCACAACUCCAGCAGAUACACGCAUCUCUCCAGUCCCACUAAUUUACCCCAGAGUCAGUCUGGAGAGAGCAUAGGCACCAGUUACGACAUGCACUCGUUCACAUCCCACACUCACAAUAUGUCGGACUUGCACCCCGUACCGCGUGUCAACCGCGACUACCAACAGACCUACGAGGGUGGCACGUUUCCUAGGAAAAAGGAGAACCAACGAUUUCGUAUACCGUCAAAUCCUAGUGUUACAUCUAAGAAUUCUGCCGGGAAACUCAGUACGGGGUCUAUAGAGAGGAGCUCAGAAAGAAAUUCUCCAAUGCCUACAUUUCAUGUGGAAGUGUUGAGUCCCGGACACGGAGUAAAACAGCUAGCCCAUAAGGGAACUAGGAAUUCCAUGCCUGAAUACUGCGGUCUCAGCUGGAAUAAGCCCUUGCCUGGGGAAUUGCGAAGGGUGCAUAUAGACAAAAGUCAGCAACCAUUAGGAAUUCAAAUAUACUGCCCGCCUAGUAGCGGAGGAGUCUUCGUCUCCACGGUCAAUGAGAAUUCUCUAGCGAGUCAAGUGGGCUUGCAGGUCGGUGAUCAGCUAUUGGAAGUUUGCGGCAUAAACAUGCGGUCCGCGACGUACACCUUAGCAGCUAGUGUGUUGAGACAGAUCGGUAAUUCGAUAACAAUGCUCGUUCAAUUCAGUCCGGAGAAGUAUAAGGAUGAGAUGGAAGCGCCAGGAAGCUCCUCCUCUGGGGAGAGUUCUCACGAUGAAGAGGUUUCUCUCUCAGGAUCACCGACGCCCAGGAAUUCCCCUGGGCCACAGCAAUCUCUGCGCAUGGAUGUCCCUUCAACCGAUGCGUCGACGUUACGACAGUCGCAGGGGAAAGAUCUGCCCAGAUUCCUCUUGAUAGAGAUGAGGAAUUGUUCCGAUCUGGGAAUUAGUCUGGUCGGGGGCAACGCGGUCGGAAUAUUUGUGCACAGCGUACAGAUAGACUCUCCGGCGUACAUAGCUGGACUACGUACGGGUGACCAGAUUUUGGAGUACAAUAAUGUAGAUUUAAGGCGAGCUACGGCAGAACAAGCAGCUCUAGAACUCGCGAAGCCUGCUGAUAAGGUGAGCGUCCUAGUACGACACGAUCUUCAACAGUACCACGAAAUAAAGGAUAAACCGGGUGACGCGUUCUACAUACGCGCUGGCUUCGACCGUUGCGCGAAAAUUACCUCUAUCGGUAUGGACACGAUAGACGAGUAUUCCCUGUGGUUUAGGAAAGAUGAAGUGCUCUUUGUGGACAAUACUCUAUUUAAUGGCGCGCCUGGGCUAUGGCGGGCGUGGCAGCUGGACUGUAAGGGAGUCAAGAGACAUUGGGGCACGAUACCGAGCAAAUUCAAAGUCGAAGAAAUUCUCCGACGUUCGAUGGGCACGUUAGACAACGACGCCCAAAGACGCGCAUCAAGCACCGCACGGAGAUCCUUCUUUAGGCGGAAGAAGCACAGGGACAGCAAGGAGUUGGCUUCUUUCUCCAACACGGAGCUCGGCUGCUGGAGCGACUCGGGCACUCUGGCUGAUGAUGUACCGCCUCUCUCGUACCAGAGGGUCGAGAGGUUGCACUAUGGUAGCCGCCGACCAGUAGCAGUACUAGGACCCCUUCGCGAGUGCGUAGCGGGUAAAUUGGUUACGGACUGGCCUCAUGUGUUCGUUCAUGUACGACCUGACCCGCGCACGCUCAGGGACCGUGCCGAUAAGGGCAUCCAUUGCAUUGUUGACGUGUCCGUGGCGAUAAUAGAGAAGCUGCACAAGCACCAGAUUUACCCAAUCGUUCUGUUCAUCAAGUUCAAGUCAUUCAAGCAGAUUAAGGAAGUCAAAGAUACGAGGUAUCCUGCUGAUAAAGUAUCAGCGAAGGCUGCGAAGGAGAUGUACGAGCAUGGCCUGAAAGUCGAGAAUGAGUUUAGAAAUUAUAUAUCUGCGGAGAUCCCAGCUGGAGUGAACAUAGCGUAUAUGUGCACCCAAAUCAAAGAGGCCGUAGAGGAAGAGCAGAACAAGACACUAUGGGUGCCUUCAGCGCAAGCCUGA